ACUCUACCCUAGUCAAUACAGAUACGCAAAGGCAAAAGUUGUUGGGUGACUGCACUGCACAUGGGCUUUGAUCUGCGAUUGCUGAUUGCAUCCUGAAAACUGAAAAGCAAUAAAAUCCUCGCAUCACGGCUGCGACGGCACCAAUAGAGUUUGUGACUGUUUGUCCCAGCCGUAUCGAUUAUUGCUGCUAUCGCUAGCUUUGUGUGAAUGUGCUUCUCAUGUUGACAAGGCGUGGAUUUCUUUGUUGUUAACGACCACCGACCACGCACGUAAUCCAUUUUUCAGGAUGAGAUUAUAAACAGAUUAGGAAUCUUGGGUGAUCCCUUGACAGGAACUGCUGGUUUUCGACGUGGUAAUCAUGGAAAGUGCGAAAUGCAAUGGUAGCACUGCGGGCAGUUCCAGCAAGGAGAAGAAGGACAAGAAGCAGAAUGGAACAUCCUCUCGAAAAAGAGAAUCUCCCGAGCCUGAUAAUGUGUCAAACACUGAUAAUCAGGAAGCAGCAGCAGGCAGCUCCAGCAGCGAUACUGCUCAGAGUAGUACCAGCAGCCCCAAUGGAAAGAGGCCUUCCAAAGCGUCCAGCAGGAUGAACAGAUUGCUUUCUAACAGCGCAAAACGGCUGCAGAAGGAACUGUCGGAUAUUACACUGGAUCCUCCUCCAAAUUGCAGUGCGGGCCCUAAGGGAGAUAACUUAUAUGAAUGGGUUUCGACAAUCCUGGGACCUCCUGGAUCCGUAUAUGAAGGUGGAAUUUUCUUUUUGGAUAUUCAUUUUUCUCCAGACUAUCCAUUCAAACCACCCAAGGUUGUCUUCAAAACGCGAAUUUACCACUGCAACAUCAACAGCCAAGGUACUAUAUGUUUGGAUAUUUUGAAAGAUAACUGGAGCCCUGCUCUUACCAUCUCCAAAGUGUUAUUAUCGAUUUGCUCUCUGUUGACCGAUUGCAAUCCAGCGGAUCCUUUGGUCGGCAGCAUUGCGCAGCAGUACAUCAACAAUCGCGAAGAACAUGAUAAAGUGGCCCGUUUAUGGACAACGCGAUAUGCCACGUGAAGCGAAAUUUGCAUCUUCUUGCAGCUAAACAGUCGGUGGAAACUUCUCAGAAAUCUGACCUUUGGGUUUUGUGGAUUUGUUUAAUCAGUGCUUUAUUCGCGGCAGCGUAUUUAUUUGUUUUGAACUGCUUUUAUUCAUCUUCCACAAGGUCGGUGUCGCAUGUCUAUUGACUGCGCAUCAAUCUGGAUGGUGUCUUAAUUUUUCAAAUUUGUUUUCUUUAAAACGGCCAUUUGCUGUGUUUUCUCUGCUUUAGAAAGUCUUUCUUCUAAGCGGCUUGGCAAUUUUUUAUAGCAGCUUCGAAAUCUUGGUCUUCUAGUGAUCUGGGUGCGUAAUUUUUUUUUGUUUUAUUGCCUGAAUUCGCAGUCUUCGAAUAUUUAACCUUUUAUCAUUUAUGAUCGAUUUUAAUAUUGUACAAUUUUUCAACGGAACACGAAGUCGAGAAGCGGCUUCUGUUUACGACCUUUCAUCGAUAAAGAAUAAAGAUCAAUAACUCAUAA